GUGCAGUGGUCAGUGUGCUUUUUGUUGUUCUCUUGUUCUUGGUGCCGAGACACCGCGGACGCGCAACGCGACGCGGAGCGUUCUCCACUCCACGUCGCGGUUCGUCAAUCUCCCUCAGACACCAUCAAGUAUAUAUCUCCGACUGGCGGCAUCGACUCAUCUCACUCACCGCACAACCACAAGCCAAGGCAAACACUUCAUCCGGGCCCAGUUCCCUGCUGCACCGGGCCGCAGUCGAAGAGGUGAGAGGACGGGGAAUCGAUCUUGGUGACAAGCAUGUCGCUGGCAGCGUUGGGCGUCUGCGCCUCGGCCAUCUACACCUUCUUCCUGCUCUGGGGGCUGCUGCAGGAGCGCCUCUCCUCGCACCUCUACCCGCUGAGCCGCGUUGACACCGGCGUCUCCGCUUCGUCGCCGUCGAUAUCCUCCCUCCUCGCUUCGGGCGCCGCAGCAGCCGUCGACGCCAAGCUCGGUGCAGGCUCGUCCGUGCCUGGCGACAGGUUCUCCAGCCCACUCUUCCUCAAUGCACUCCAGAGCCUCUUCUGCGCCGUCGUCGCGGCGCUCUACCUGAUUACCAUCAAGCGGACCCAGCGACCCGGCCGAAGCGGCUCUGUGCUCGACGCACUUGGCCUGCGUGUCGCUUUCACGACCGCUGGCGCCGAGGAAGCGCGCAAGGCAGUAGUGCCUUCAGUCGCAAAUGGCUCGGCAAAAGACAAGGUAGCCGCAAAUGGGCAUGCGGCAAAAGGAACAGUAGCAGCAGAUGGAAAUUCCAAGUCCUUCCUACCGCCGCUGCUCUCCCGUUACCUGUCCAUCUCCCUCUCGCAGUCCCUCGCAUCGCAGCUCGGCUUCCUCGCCUUGGCGCAGGGCCUGUCGUAUCCGACCAUGACGCUGGCCAAGUCGUGCAAGCUGGUUCCCGUGCUGCUCAUGAACGUCAUCCUCUACCGCCGCAAAUUUGCGCCCUACAAGUACGUAGUCGUCGCGCUCGUCACGAUCGGGAUCAGCAUGUUCAUGCUGUACGGGCAGCAGAAGAAGCUCGCCAGAAAAGCGCCCAAUGCCGCGGUGCAAGGCAAUACUUUCCUUGGAUUGGUCUUUCUCACCGCCAACCUUGCCCUGGACGGCGCGACCAACUCAACGCAAGACGAGGUGUUUAGCCGCUACACCAUCUCUGGCCCGCAGAUGAUGCUCGCGAUGAACAGUCUCUCCUUUUGCUUAUUUGCCUCUGCGCUCCUCCUCCCCAUGCACCAGGUGCUUGUCGCCAUCCCGCUGCUCGCGUCCGCGCUCGCUCGACUCGGCCUGGUGUCGACCGAUGCGCCAGCGGUCGCCGCCGCAACAAGCAGCUCGACGACGCAGCUAGCCUCCGCGAUCCACUUCAUGGCCACGCACGACCAGGCCCUGCGCGAUGUGCUUGCGUACGCUGCAGCGGGCGCGCUCGGCCAGAUUGCCAUCUUCGAGACUUUGGAGCGCUUCGGCAGCCUGACGCUCGUCUCCAUCACGGUAACCCGCAAGCUCUUCACUAUGCUUCUCUCCGUCUUCACGUACAACCACCGCCUGACGCCGUUGCAGUGGCUCGGCACCGCGAUCGUCUUUACCGGCAUCGGCGUCGAGGCGCGCGAGAAGCGGCGCGAAGGCCUCGCGAGAAAGGUCGUGAGGGACGAGAAGAAGGCGCUGGCGAAGGACGCGUGAAACUUGCACGCACGCGCGCUCGGAACCCCUGCUAAUUGCCCUCUUGGUGCGCCGCCCACCCGCAACGCCGGCACUGGCAGCGCCAUGCUGGGUUGCACGCGCACGCACACACGCUGGGGAGGCGGCAUCGGAACAAGCUAAGUGUAGAGAGGAUGCAGCUACUGUACAUUGCACAAAGCCGUGUGCGGCCCGAGCGGGGAGAGAGAGAAAGAGAUAGAGGCAGAGACAGAGACAAAGACAAAGACAGAAAAAAGGGACCUGGCUUGCCAGAUGGAAGAAAAGAGAAACGCGCUGAGAAAUGUCCUAGCACGCCCCUCGUCUCGGCUUCGUCAGGUUGGUUGAUGGAUUAUUGGCUCGAAUACUGUAUGGAGAGCGAUGCGUAAUUUGUUAUUGUUUAGCGGU